GGGGAGCGUCGCAGCAACUAUCCUCCAUAGAGACGACACUCAUUACUAAAGAGAUCGCCUUCUUGACUCAUUUGGAAGUACUCAUACUGGAGCUAGUAUCGUGUUUCCCCCCUUAAAGAAUUACCGAUUUGACUCCUCGUCAAAAAUUUCUAUAUGCGGGGAAGGCUUCCCCUAAAGGUAGGUCCACCCUGUACAACCGAUACGACCGUCCUGAUAGUGAGUGUAGAUUUCCUUCAAAUCAUAUAAAAGGCUUCACCAACUGUGUAUUCUUCUCCCUUGCCGCACACAAGCAUCUUGAAGCCUUAAAAUCUAGUCACAUCCAUUGUUUUGCCUUCGUAUCAAGUGAAGUGAGCUGUCGCAAACAUGGCAGUGUCGCCUAUAGUUGCCAUAUCAGCAAUUGCCUUGGCAAUCGCUCUAUGUUAUAAAUGUAUUAUAUAUCCUACCUUCCUCUCUCCAUUGUCGAAGAUCCCAAAUGCACACUGGUCAGUCCCCAUAUCUCCCGUCUGGAUGCUCUGGAAGCGUUUCCGGAGUCAAAACAACCGAACAAUCCACGCCGCUCAUGCAAGACUUGGACCGAUCGUACGGCUAUCUCCAUCGGAGAUAUCAAUCAAUUGUGUUGAAGGUGGUAUCAAGUCUGUCUACACUGGCGGAUACGAAAAGCACGAAUGGUACCCGCGGGUGUUUGGUUCUCUCGGGACCGUAAGCAUGUUCACAAUGAUUGACAGCAAAACCCAUUCCGUUCGUAAAAGGAUGUUAUCCAACAUCUAUAGCAAGUCAUUCUUGCAGUCCUCCCCUCAUAUGCGCCUAAUCUCCCAGACUAUCGUCUUCGAUCGCUUCUUGCCGAUUAUCCAAGAAGCAGUCGCUUCUAACACCCCGGUUGAAGUCCAUGAUCUAAACCAAGGACUCACCAUAGACUUUGUAUCAGCGUAUCUUUUUGGCUUGGCGAACGGAACCAACUGGCUUCAAGACCCAUCCCUCAGGCAGAGAAUGCUUCAUUUUUACCAGGGUAGAAAACCAUAUGAGUUCUACCACCAGGAAGUCCCUAAUCUUGUGUCCUGGCUUAAGUCUAUCGGCAUCCGCCUGAUUCCCAGAUGGUGUGAUGAGGCCAAUGAGGUCCUUGACACUUGGGGGCUAGGACUCUGCGAUAGAGCAGAGCAAUGCCUUCAAUCAACGGAUGCCAGCAUUGAGCCUAUGGCAUACAAGCAGCUAAAGCAAGCAAUGUCGAAGCAGGCUUCAAAGACAGAAACCGAGGAGAGUCUUAAGCAACAGCGGCUCGAUAUUGCAUGCGAAAUGUACGACCAGCUCACAGCUGGGUUUGAAACCAGCGCUGUCGCUCUCACCUACCUGCUCUGGGAGCUUUCCCAGCAGCCGGACCUGCAGAAAGAGCUACGGGAGGAGCUCUUGACUCUAGAGCCACAGAUCUUGUUUCCUAGUGCCUCGAAAGACCUACCGCAAGCCAAAGCGGUUGAUACGUUGUCUCUGCUUGAGGCAAUAGUCAUGGAGACGUUACGCCUCCAUGCUCCAAUCCCGGGAAUUCAGCCUCGUGUUACACCUUAUCCAUCCUGUACCUUGGCUGGUUACAGCGAUAUCCCUGCAAACAUAAGGGUCAAUGCGCAGGCAUACUCGCUCCACCGCAACCCAGACGUAUUUCCGGAUCCUGAGACAUGGCAGCCCAGGCGCUGGCUGAAGGACUUGAACUCGAAUUCCGAUCUUGAAGAAAGAAGACGAUGGUUCUGGGCCUUUGGAAGUGGUGGAAGAAUGUGUGUUGGAAGCAACCUAGCCUUGCAAGAGAUAAAACUGGUAACCGCAGCCAUCUACACCAACUUCAGAACUUCUAUCGUCAACGAUGACAACAUGGAGGCAAUCGACGCCUAUACGAUCAAGCCUCGUGGGGACAAACUAGUUUUGAAAUUUGAGACUGCGUAGAUCGUAUCUCUUCUGUAAUCUUCACGAAUUAUAUGAGCAUUAGCGUACCUGGUUCAGUA